AAAAUUCAGAAACGUUUAACGGUAAUGAGACUACAGUUGAAUGACAACCAAAAUGGUGAAAUCAGCAAGGCGGUCGACAUUAUCAACAGACGGCAUCGCAAUGAACUGGAUAAACUAUACCAGGAAGCUGAACUUAGUGCAGGAAAGCUUGUUGCGGACUCUCUGCGCAAGACAUGGACAGCUGACUCUGACCGGAAAGAAUUUCUUGUAGAUCAAGCAAAAAACAUUACUGGCAAGAAGACUAACACGUGGAGUGCUACAACCUAUCGCAUGGGUGAGUUUUUAUAUGAACCAACACUUAAAACAAUGACAGUGCCUCACUUCCAAUGAUCAUAAUAGAGUGCCAGACCUCGGCGCUUAUUUUUAGAUCUAGUUAUCCUGCCGGGCAACAAAGAGCAAUUUUUACUUGUCCGAAAUUAGAUUUUACUUGUCCGAAAUUAGAUGUUACUUGUCCAAAAUUCAAUUUCAAUCUAUGGGUUUUUUGGCUCUGCACGACAUUUUUGGCUCGG